AUGCACAAAUUGAGUGCAAAGCUCUCAAUGUCCCCCAAGGCGCCGACGAAUCAACGAAAAAAGAGCAGUGGGUUCACGGAAGCCGAUCGGCGGCUGGCUCGAGCUCAACAGCUUAUGGAUGCUGACCUCGAACAGCACACGGUCCCUGUAUCGGAGGAAGUUCCACCCUCAUCGAACAUCGCUAGCACCAACGUUCAGGCUUCUAUUCGAGGAAAGCGCGAGGAGAAACGUCGUGAAAGUGGCGAUAGCGAGAAAAGUGAACAUGCUCGUCAAAAACCCCAGCCUGUUCCGGUCGCUCCUGUCCAACACAAGAGGUCCACGUCGCCAAUAAUUUCGGCGGACUCCUCAUCAGCGGAUGUCCCUCCACCUCCAUGCACUCCACCCACCCCCACGUCAGCUUUCACCGCUUCGUACAACAUACCCACAUCAAGUACCUUAGGUACUUCUAUGCCAAUAUCGAGGCCAUCUGUGAUUCCGGUGUCCGCGGUCCAUCCAACAGUUUACCAAGCACCUAUCACCGGAACUGAACCCAUUCCUAUUCCGGUAAUGCUGCCUGUCAUUCCAACUCUUAUACCCGGUUUAACGUUACCAAUCGGUGGGAUGGACAUGACAAAUGUUUCUUUGGGAGCUUUGGCAGAGUACUAUGGUCAGAUCAGUGCUUACGACGACUCGAAUAUCCCUCCCACACCCACACCGUCAUUGGCAUCAAGUACCGGGAAUGAUCGAGCGGGUGAAUUACGAGAAAUGAGUGCCGAGUUUGCCCGUACUCGACGUCGCAGCGAAAGUGAACAAAGUGUUGCGAGUGAGCUAAGUGCUGCUCCUGAUUGGCUCGAUGAAGUUGUAGGCCCAGACGAUGUGGAUGACGACUUUUUCGGCCAUGGCAGCGGCAAGCGAAUUUAUGAUGAGUGCGAGUGGUGA